GGAUGAAUGUGUUAAAAUACCUGGGGUCUGUGGUCCAAAUUCAAUCUGCAACAACACUGCUGGAAGUUACAAUUGCUCGUGUAUGAAAGGAUAUAAUUUAACCAACCCGAACUUACCUAUAAACAUCAGUAACCCAUGCACAGGCACAGGUUCAUUUUAUCCAUUUGGAACUGGAGACAAAGUGAAUAAACGCGCUGAUGAUGGAAGUUCUCCUGUGAUUGACCUCCUGCAACCAUUUAUAUUUUUUGGACUCGCAUACAAACACAUUUUUGUUAACAACAAUGGACACUUGACUUUUAAUGAGUCAUGGAGCAACUUCUUUCCAUACAGCUUCCCAGGAUAUGGUGGUAGAGACAUCAUUGCUCCAUUCUGGACUGAUUUUGAUAAUCGUUUCAGAGGUGUUAUCUCAUAUCGGCAGUACACAUCUGGCAGUGUCCUCACACAAGCUACACAAGACAUAAACCAAUACUUCCCUGAUCUGAGCUUUUCUGCUUCAUGUGUCUUUGUUGCAACAUGGGACAGAGUACCAUAUGCUUUUUAUCCAGGAACAAAAACAUCUUUCCAAGUGGUUUUGAUUUCAAAUGGCAAUUUCUCAUUUAUUUUAAUGAACUAUGGUGCACUUGCUCCAUCACAACGAUUUGUACAGGCUGGUUAUGAUACCAUCAACUCGGGCUACUAUUUCUCAAUUACUCAAUCACUGCAGAACUUCACAAGCUUAGCAAACAGCAGCAAUGUCAAUGUUUCAGGCAGAUGGGCCUUCAGAACAGAUCUUGGAGCACGGUGUUCUCAAUUUAAUGACACAGGUCCAUUUUAUCCAUUUGGAACUAGAGACACAGUGAAUGAUCGCUCUGAUGAUGGAAGUUCUGAAAUGAUUUACCUUCUGCAACCAUUUAUUUUUUUUGGAUUUGCAUACAACCAAAUUUAUGUCAACAACAAUGGACACUUGACUUUUGAUGCGGCAUGGCGCAGCUACUCUCCAUACAGCUUUCCAGGAUAUGGUGGAAAAGACAUCAUUGCUCCAUUCUGGACUGAUAUUGAUAACCGUUUAAGCGGUGUUAUCUCAUAUCAGCAAUACACCUCUGGCAGUGUCCUGACGCAAGCUACACAAGACAUAAACCAAUACUUCCCUGAUCUGAGCUUUUCUGCUUCAUGGGUCUUUGUUGCAACAUGGGACAAAGUAGCGUAUGUUCGAUUUCCAGGAACAAAAACAUCUUUCCAAGUGGCUUUGAUUUCAAAUGGCAAUUUCUCAUUUGUUUUAAUGAACUAUGGUAAAAUUGUUCAAUCACGACGAUUUAUACAGGCUGGUUAUGAUACCAUCAACUCAGGCUACUAUUUCUCAAUUACUGAAUCACUGCAGAACUUCACAAUCCUAACAAACAGCAGCAAUGUCAAUGUUUCAGGCAGAUGGGCCUUCAGAACAGAUCAUGGAUUACCGGGAUGUCAGUUCAAUGGUUUUCCAAUUCAACUGAGAAGUUCAUUUUGGAGUGAUAGCACCUGCAAGGAAAAAUGCACUUGUACCCACAGUGGCCUUAGAUGCACCCUGGAGCCUUGCACUUAUUCCCAAGCAUGUCGUAAAGCUGCUUUCCAAUACUCUUGUCAGAACAUUCAAAGAAAAACCUGCAACAUCUAUGGAGAUCCUCACUACACCACCUUUGACAAUCAGAUUUUUCACUUUCAAGGAACUUGCACUCAUGUUUUAUCUGAGGCUUGUAAAAAUGGUUUGCUGUAUUAUCGCAUUGAGGGCAAAAAUGAGCAUCACAGUGGUACACAUGUGUCAUGGACUCGGGUGGUCAGAUUGCUUGUGUAUGAUGAAGAAAUUGAACUGAUUAAAGGUCACUAUUAUGAGGCAAAGGUUAAUGGGACCUUUAUAUCAACACCCUUUACAUUGAACAAUGGCUCCAUCCAUGUCUAUCAGUCAGGUUUAUUCUUGGUCAUCAGCACAGACUUCGGUCUUGUUGUUACAUAUGAUUCAAACAGCUGGGUCAACAUAUCAGUACCUUAUGAAUACCAGAAUGCCACUUGUGGUUUGUGUGGGAACUUCAACCUUCAUGCUGAAGAUGAUUUCUGUUCCCCUUCUGGGGAGAUACUGAGCUCAGAUGUGGACUUUGUAAACUCUUGGAUAGUAGAAGGGUAUGAAGACCCUGAAUGCCAUAAUGUCAGCUGCACAGGUCUGGCUUGUGCUGUUUGUAGCAGCAAUGAGACAAGUGUUUACAAUGAUAAAAAACACUGUGGGAUCCUAGCAGAUGUCUCUGGCCCUUUUGCUGCCUGCCACUCUGUGCUUGCACCACAGACCUACAUAGAGAACUGUGUCUAUGACCUUUGCGCAGGAAGAGGAUACCAACCCAUUCUAUGCCAGGUUCUCAAUGUGUAUGCUGCUCAAUGCCAACAGCAGGGGAUCCAACUAGACCAGUGGAGAAAGCAUGGAUUUUGUGAGAUUUACUGCCCUAACCAUAGCAGUUUUGAGUCCCAAGGAACGAGCUGCUAUGCCACAUGCAGUAAUCCAUAUGCCCCAAUAAAAUGUCCAUUGCCCAAUCAGGAAAGCUGUAUCUGUGAUGAUGGUUACAUUCUCAGUGCUGGAAAAUGUGUGCCUGAAACAGACUGUGGUUGCACCUUUGAAGGAUUCUAUUAUGCUAAGGAACAGUCAGUAGUGUUAGAUGAUGACUGUGGAAGGAAAUGUGUUUGCAGAAACAGGACAAUGAUCUGCAAUCAGCACCAGUGUGGUCCAGCAGAAGUUUGUGGAGUCCAUAAUGGUGUGAGGGGCUGCAGACCCACCAGCUAUGCUAAUUGUUCAGUUGAAGGCCUAGGUUCAUAUCACACCUUUGAUGGACACACUUUCCAAUAUCCAGGAGCUUGUGGACUUACCCUUGCAAGGGUAAUGGGCCAAUCCCAAUGGCCACACUUUGCCUUGACAGUGGAGAAAGUGCCUAGAGACAAUCAAGAUUUUGCUAGGUUGCUGAAAUUUGAGGCAGAAGGAACUCAUGUCUCCAUAGAAAUUGGAGAAGGUAGCAAUGUACAGGUGGAUGGACAAAUAGUUAGUCUGCCCAUUAGUAUUGGUUCCAGUCAGAUCUACAUCUAUCACAGCAGUGUGAUGGGUUUGGUUCUAGAAACAAACUUUUGGGUGACCAUUAGAGCUGACUGGCCACAUCUUGUCCGAAUCACAGUGCCAAGCACUUACAAUGGUACACUUGGAGGUCUAUGUGGGAACUUGAAUGGAAAUAUUAACGAUGAGUUUUACAGCCCAGAUCGUGUCCUAGUAAAUGACUCCCAGGCCUUUGCAGAAAGUUGGCAUGAUGUAUCCCUAUCUGCUCACUGUGAGGACCGAAUUGACCUCUUUGAAUCAUUACCUAGACAUUAUCAGAAUAGCAGGAAGUUCAGUGAGCCCUGCAGCAUCAUGUCCAUGCUUGAUGGACCAUUUGCUAACUGCAGCCGAACACUAGACCCUACACAACGUGUUCAAUAUUGCAUUCAGAUGCUGGAGCAGGCAAGUGGUGACAGGGCUGUGUUAUGUGAAGCCAUUGAGGGAUACACACUCCUCUGCCAACAGAAUGGUAUUGAAGUUGGAGAGUGGAGGAACAUUUCCCACUGUGAACCAACCUGUCCACCAAAUACCCAUUACGAAUUGUGUGGCACAUCCUGUCCUGCAUCCUGCUCUAGUCUUUCAUUUCCUAUUGAAUGCAGCAUCCUGCAGUGCCAGGAGGGAUGCCAGUGCAAUGACGGACUUGUUCUGAAUGGAAAUGACUGCGUUCCUCCUACAAAUUGUGGUUGUCGCCAUAAUGGACGUUAUCGUCAGCCAGAAGAGGUGUUCUGGGAUGGCAAGGGGUGCCAGUCUUUUUGUGUUUGUAAUGGAUUUACUGGAAAUGUCCAUUGCAUAUCAUCAUCUUGCAAUGACCAGGAAGUCUGCCGUGUGGUGGAGGGAGAGUAUGGCUGCCAUCCCAAUCCACAUGCUAAAUGUUCUGUUGAAGGAGACCCCCAUUAUAUAUCAUUUGAUGGAGCCCAAUUUGAUUUUCAGGGCACAUGUAGAUAUGUGCUGGCCACAGUAUGUAAUGACACUCAUGGGUUUCCGGCCUUCAAGGUGGAUGCAAGAAAUGAAGCAUGGGAUGAAUUUCCGGUAUCAAAUCCCACUGAAGUUUUUGUCAAUGUCUCUGGGCAUCUUGUGCACAUGUCACAGGACAAAAAAGGUUAUUUUUCUGUUCAGUUUGAUGGAGAGAUCAGAAACCUUCCAAUCUAUGAAUCUGACCGGAUAUCUGUCUAUUCCACUGGAUGGAGCAUACAUGUUUCAACUGACUUCGGUUUGAGUGUGACUUUUGAUGGCCGGUGGAUGCUGAACAUCAUUGUACCAGCAGACUACAGGGGAGUUAUGUGUGGACUCUGUGGCAACUAUAAUGGUCAAACGGAAGAUGAUUUCAUGACUCCUUCAGGUUCUUUGGCACUUUCAGAAGAUCAGUUUGGAGCCUCAUGGAAGGUUGAGGAUGAGGUGCCAUGCACUGAUCACUGUGGAGACAACUGCCCUUUGUGCCAAAAUCAGACCACUGCUAAUGCCCUUUGUGAGAUCAUCAGGGACAAUAAGGGCCCCUUUAGACUUUGUCAUCCUUAUAUAGAUCCACAAGUGUACUUUGAUGACUGUUUAUUUGAUGUGUGCCUCUCUGGGAACCUUAAUGAUGUCUUGUGUCGGGCUGUCCAAUCCUAUGUGAGUGCCUGUCAAUCUGCCAAUGCUGCUGUCUUUAAAUGGAGAGAAGAUGUGGCAUGUGUCAUGACGUGUCCAGAAAAUGCUCACUAUGAGCUGUGUGGCACAAACUGUGGUCAUACAUGUGCCAGCAGCAUUGAUGCUAGUUGUGAAUACACAUGCACAGAAGGCUGUUUCUGUAAUGAUGGAUUUCUGAGGAGUGGAAGACGCUGUGUACCUGUGGAGCAAUGUGGGUGCAUGUAUGAUGGAUUCUACUAUAAUAUUGGUGAAAAGUUCUGGAUUUCAGACUGCUUGGAACAAUGUAAGUGUUUUGGUCCAUAUGAUCUGCGUUGUUCUAAAGACUCUUGCCCACCAGCCAUGAACUGUACAUUCAGAAAUGGACGUCGUGGAUGCUAUGAUAUUUAUGAAUGUCUUGACUCAUUAUCAGUUUGUGGGCCGAACGCUUACUGUCACAAUUACAACGGAAGUAACUUGUGCUCUUGUUGGGAAGGAUAUGACAUCAUUGAUGUAUCCCAAAGUAUCAAUGAAAGAAACCCAUGCAUCGACGUGGAUGAAUGUGUUGAGACACCAGAAAUCUGUGGCCCAAACUCGAUCUGCAACAACACUGCUGGGAGUUACAAUUGCUUGUGUUUGAGUGGAUAUAAUGUAACAGACCCGAAUCUCCCUAUAACCAUCAGUAACCCAUGUGGAGUAAAUCCACCAUCAACCACAACAUCAUCAGCAACAGUAAUUCAAAUGUCAAUGAGGGUUAAUCAAUUUUUUGACACCAGUCUCAUCAACGAAACUGAAACAAAGUACAAAUUCUAUGUAGAGCACAUUAAGUCAGCAAUUGAAGAAAGUUACAUGGUUUUGCCUAACUACAUUAAAGGUUCAGUAAAAGUCACUCGCUUCAGGUUUGGUAGCAUUAUAGCAGACUACACGAUUACUACAAAUAGCACAAAUUUGGAUGUUACAUCAGCAAACACAAAGGUUUCUGACACUCUCUUGAAAGCAGGAAUCCCUUUGACUCAGGAUGCUUUUGCUGAGAGUGAGGAAAAAAUCCUGACUCUCAAAGAUAAAUUGUAUCCUCUGCAAGAUGUGGAACUGAGGUGUACACGUCCAAAUUCUGUUGCGGGAACAAUGAAAUGGAAUGUGAAUGGCAAAGAUCUUGCAGAAAACAGUGCCAAAUACACCAUUACAAAUGACAAUAGCACUCUUAUUGUGAAUAACGCAAGUGAAAGUGACACUGGUAGAUACUCGUGUAUCAUAGAAAGGUCCACAUUACCUUACAUUCAGUGGCAAAGAGUAGUUAUUGGACCACGUCCCAAUAUCAUAGUGGAUAAAAUUGAAAUAAAGUUUCAGUGCCAAGACCAGAUUGUCCCACUAACAUGCUGUGCAGAUGGUUACUCAGUUGAGUGGGACCGGAUUCCUGCUGGUGAUAACGUGACACAUUCAGGAAAUGGCUGCGUCACAUUAAAACAUAAAGUCUUUAGCACAAAUUGUGGGUCUAAAGAAGACUUUACAUGCCGACUAAAGGGCAUGACAGACUUACACGCAUUUGAUUAUAGCAGGAGGACAGUCCAAGUUCAGACAGUCAGAGAGUUUGACUGUAUAAAUGACACGCUUGGAGUAGGAAAAGUAGGUGACAAUGUUAUGGGACUGUGUGAAAAAGGGCUGGAAGGCUACAUAACUUAUAAAUGUCAACAAAUGAACCUCAAAUAUGAUUGGAUACCCAUACAGAGAGAUUGUGUAGUUAAAGCUAUCAAAGACCUUGAUAGGAAAACAAAGGUUCUGUUCGUGGAUGAGAUUCCAGUGUUUAUGUUAAACCUCAGUAAUGCUGCAAAGGACAAUAAUAUUAGGAUAACACAAUCUGCUGCGACUGUCCAAACAAUUGUUGAGAUACUCCACAAAAUUGCUAGUAUGUCUCAAACUAUUGCCAUCAGUCAGACUGUGAUGGAGGAUUUUCUUAAAACAGUCAAUGUCAUUAUAUCAGAUGAAUCUAAAAACACAUGGGAAGUAUUGAACAAUGACAUUAUAACACGAAACAAAAGCACCAAACUUCUGCAAGCUAUUGAGACUAUAAGUGAUCGUCUCUCAGAUGGCGAUUUUAUGCUUAAGCAAACCUUCAUUCAAUUAAAUAGAACAACAAUUGAAAACUCAUUCAUUGGAUCAUCUUUACUACCAAACUCAACUACACAGAUUGUGAUACCAAAUGUUGAACCGACCCUCAUAACCAUUAUUAUCUUUACAAAGCUUGACAAUGUUUUAACAACUCGAAAUACUUCUAAUAAUGACAACAAGACAUCAGAAAACCACAUCAAUGGAGACGUGGUUGUAAUAAAGACUAGCAAAAAAAUUGACAAAGUUUCUUUUACUUUUGACAUUACGAAUACUACAUUGAAAAAUCCUCAGUGUGUCUUUUGGAACUUUGAUCUCGACCAUUGGGAUUCCACUGGAUGUAAAGUCAAGCUUUUAAUGUAUGACAUGGUUACAUGUGAAUGCAACCACACAACCUCUUUUUCAAUCCUGAUGUCACCAUUUGAAAGUAAUCAUAUCUUAGACUAUAUAACAUAUAUUGGUGUAGCUAUUUCAAUGGCCAGCUUGAUUCUGUGCCUCAUUAUUGAGAUAAUUGUGUGGAAGUCAGUGACAGGAAAUGAGACGUCGUACAUGCGUCACGUCUCAAUAGUCAACGUCGCCGUGUCUCUGCUGAUCGCAGACAUCUGGUUUAUCAUUGGAGCUGCAACUGCAAAUCCAGGACAACCUACACCAGUGAAUCCCUGCAGUGCAGCAGUUUUCUUCAUUCACUUUUUUUACCUGGCUCUUUUCUUCUGGAUGUUACUUUCAGCACUUUUGCUAUUAAACCGCACUGCCAUGGCUUCGUCUCAAAUGCCAAGGGCUAAAAUGAUGGUCAUUGCCUUCACAGUUGGUUAUUGUGCACCUUUGCUCAUAGCGGUUAUUACCGUUGCAUCCACAGCUGGAGCUGGUAGAUAUAUUUGGAUGAGAGAUGCAUGUUGGCUGAACUGGUCUGAAUCUAAGGCCCUGCUGGCAUUUGUGAUUCCAGCUCUGACUAUUGUUGUCUUUAACCUCCUGGUUUAUAUUGUGGUUGUGUGUAAGAUUUUAAGGAGAGGACUUAGUGCUCAACCAGAUGAGAUUAAUGCACUUAUAGUCAUCGCCCGAUGUGUGGCCAUUCUGACUCCUUUCUUUGGUAUAACUUGGGGAUUUGGCACUGGAACCAUGUUGUCACCUGAAUUUGGCAUUCAUGUGAUUUUCGCAACCCUUAAUUCACUGCAGGGAUUCUUUGUUUUGGUAUUUGGGACGCUGUUAGACAGAAAGGUCCGAGAGUCUGCAAAGCGUUUAAUAAAGAACCUCAGUUCCAGUCAUGCAAGGAACACUAAUCCGGUAACAACUCCAGAAAGUCAAGCAGUUAUCUUGCACACAAUGAAUGUAGACUCGAGACGUUCCUCAAUGUCAUCAUCAGUAUCAGCAGCAUCGUCUUCAUCUUCUGGCAGCUCCACCGCAUCACAUACCGCCCUGAAGGACUAAAAUUAAUCUUUUGUGAAUUUAUGUUAUGUUUUGGUGUAAUGAUUGUUGCAUAGGAGAAAAUUGCAUAAAAGAAAAUGUCGUUUGUGUGUCAUGGUAUACAAACAAAUCAUUACAAAAUGGGUAAAUGAUUACAUGUUAUUCAUUUUAAAGGUUUACAUGUAGUCUUGUAAUGUAAUUCUCUGAAAGUCAUGAACAUUUCAAUAGAUAAAUGAGUAAACUGUCUUAAAUCAGUAAGUCAGAAAAUUUGACUGAAAAGGUCAUUAAUUUGAGUAAGACUUUGCCAAUUUUUGCAAUUUUAAUAUUUAUGAAAAGGAAUACAUACAAGCCUGUAAAGUUUUUAUUACGUAAAUAAUUAUUGUAUUAGUCCUGUCAAUACAUCAAUAUUUUAAGUUUCAGUGUGUAUGAAAACAUAAGUAAAUGUAUGUGUAUUACAACCACACUUUACAUAAAAAUGCACACGUAUUCUCAUGAGAUCACACUGACAAACAACUGUUAGAGCAAUGACAGAAUGUGUUUUUAACAGUUAAAAACGCGAGGAGGACAGCACUGCCUUUAUUCUUAUUAUAUACUUCAAGGAUGCAUUUUGGAGUCGUCUUUUAAACAUGUAAAGUGAUGCACUGACUGUAUCUGUUUAUCUCUUCACAAAUAAA